UCGAAUUAUGAUAUUAUGAUAUAGGUACCUCGGCAAAUGUAUUAGAAGAUCGGUAUCUCCUGUUAUACAAAAAAAUACUACUGAUAAAAGAAUAGAAAGAAUCUUUAAAAGAAAUCACCUAUGAUGUCAUGCACUUGACUGUUGACUCGGAAGAGCUCGACAGGGAGCAGCAGCCACUCGAGAAUCUCGCUGGCCAGACUGUAUGACACGACUGGCAGAUCCACUCGCUCGCGCGCUCAUGCAGCAUGUCCUCUCUCAAUGAGGUUUGGAGGAUGACUGACAUGUUUGAGGAGGCCAGUGGGGAAGGUCAACGAAAGAGAGAGAGUGGCCGGUUAAAAAGCAUGCUGGAGAAGGCACGCGAGGUCCAGAAGAGGGCGCGGGGAAGCGUGGUGGGCGUGAAGGAGGGGAAAAAGGGGGAAAAUGUAGCCAUUGUAAACAAUCCCUUGUUGGCGCCGCUCGCCGUUGUGGAGGUCAUCGUCACCGCGGCGAUCUGCGCCCUCAAUUACUGCCUCAGGUAUGACGAGACUUUACGCGAGGGCUGCAGCAUGGUUACCUGGGAGGGAGUGAGGCUGUCUUGUCUCCAGGUGCCCGACGUUUCAUACCCUGUCUACAGUUCUUCUGACGCGGCUACGUCUUCGGUUCAGUUCGCUCUCCCUGAGUCGGUUUUCUUCUCGUGCGCCAUCGUGGUUCCCUUGGGCCUGAUGUUGGUGGUCGAGGCUGUCAAGACACAGUAUCCGGUCCGGAGAGUAAAGACUGUGACAUCACUUGGCCUCAAACUGCCGCCAUAUGUACGCCGUAUGCUGAGGUUCAUAUGCACCUUCAUGCUCGGGGGCGCGGCCACGGGGUGUUUCGUGUCUGUCCUGAAGCUGCUCAUAGCCUCCCCUCGCCCCUCUUUCCUCGCCCUCUGCAAACUCAACAACACCAUCUGCGACACCUCCUUCGUGUGGGCUCCUCACGGCUCCUGCGAGGCGCCCCCCGCGGUCGUGCACGAGGCGCUGCGCUCGUUCCCGUCCUACCGCGCGGCGCUGGCCGUCUACUGCGGCGUGUGGACGUCGGUGUACCUGACCCGCGUGGCGCGAGUGAAGGGCGUGUACAGCUCGUCCGCGGUCAUCGUCGGGGCAGUUUGGGUGAUGACGGCGAUCGGCCUCGGCCACGGGAUCCUCACCUACCAGUCAUCGUACUCUGACGUCGUGGCAGGCGGUCUCAUCGGCGCCGCGGGAGCUCUGUACCUGAUCUUCGGUCUACUGAAUGGCUUCAGCGAGAAGAACUGGAAGGUGAGCGUCAUCAAAAGGCGGUCCCUCCAGGCCCAAGGAAAUUCGAACCUCAUGCCCAUGGUCCCUCUGGCAGGCUCUGAUUUACCCAUCAAGCCGAGCGAAAUCAACAUGGACGACAUGGACGACGAGAGCGGCGACGACUCAUCGGGGGAGGAGAGCGACGAGGGCCUGUACAACCGCCUGGCUUUUAGCAGUGACUCCUUCCCCAUCAUCCCGCGGGCUGCCAGUCGACCCCUGUCCUUAAUCAGCACCGUGACCCCCAGGGAGAGUGCGCCAGCGCAGGCCGUGAACUCCGUCGUGGCGAAUUCCACGUAUAAAAUACAUAGUUACAUAUAUACAUAUAAAUGUAGUUUUGACCCCGUGCAGUGUCGUAAUCGAAAGAGUAGAAUUACUUUAACCUGGACAAGCAGUUAAAUGUAAAAAGAAUGUUAAUUGCAAUGUGAUCUCUUUGUUCUGUGCUUGUUAAUUCCAUUUAUUGUCUCUUUUUCACAAUGACCAUUUUUCUAUAGUUUCGUAGAAAGUGCAUACUCUCGUGGUGUCCAUCACACGGCUCUCCCGAAAGUUAAAUAACGAAUAAAAACUUCUGCACAUUUUGUAGAUAUGUUUCCGAUUUUUUCUUUUUCAUCAGCUUGCCUUCUAUUUCCUCUCUCUCUGUGACGCUCCGAGAGGAAAGGGCUAACAGUAGAAUUAUAAUGCCUUAUGUGAUCGUUUCGCAGCAGUGAAUUGUCGUGUUUGAUUAUAAUGAUCAUUGCCUUUGAUUGUCAGAUUAGGAUUAGUUUGUCACCUUUAAAGCUGCACUCUCAAACGUAAAUAUACACAUACUUUUCUAUAAAGAUUGUUACUCAUACCAUAUAUUUAUUAACUAGUUGUCAGUGUGGUAGGCUUCCGUUGUUUAAAUCUUUUAAUGUAGAUUUCAUUAAUAAAAGAAAUAUUGUG